CAAGUAUACGCAACUAUUUCUCUCAAAGUAAGAACCGUUAAACGGCAUUUCACGUUUCGGUCGCGGGUAAGUUUUUGCGAGAGACACGCGCGGCCUCGCGUGACGCUCGCAAUGCGAAAAUCUACCUGGCGCACUUUCCACAACAAACUCGCCCCACCCCCACCCGAACACCUGUCGAUUGCUCCGCGUAGCUCGAUCACCUUCGCGUUAGUCGUUCGCCUACUUUGAUCGGUUCGCGGUUCCGUGGUCUGUGUCGAGCGCCCCGCACACUUGAUCUUAAAUAUAGAAAACGUCGUUCCCUGGGCGGUAUUUUCCGUGAAUCAUACGAGUGAAGUGACAUGUGAGUUGUUCGCGAGGAAGAAAACAAAACGCCGGAAAUGAUUAUGAUGCGUCCGAACAACGUGGCGCCGCAAAAAAUCAACAAGCCGCCGCCGCCCGUGCCCCCUAGACCGAACAAAAGUUUGGUCCAGGAGGCGCUGGCCAAGACGCGGCACACUUUGGUGCCGCCGAACAGUCAAUCGAAGCCGCCGAAUCGGGCGGCCCCGCCGCCACCCCCGCCGGCGUCGCGGCGCCCCGUCGACAAUCAGACGGGCGGCGUGAAAAAACAGGCGCCGCAGCCGCAGCAACCGCCUCCGGUUUGCGAGCGCGCCAUAUCGUUGAACAAGGUCAGCUCGCGUCCGGUGGUCUACCAAUCGGAUAACCUAAAAAAAUCGAAAACGGCGGCGAUACUGAAGAAGGUGGACAGUUUUAAGAACGAAAUCGUGAAGAAAACGUCCAGCCUGAAGCGAGUCAACUCGAAACUGUCGGAUAAGCCCGCCGUCGUCGUCACCGAUGCGAAGGAGGAGCCGCCGGCGGCGGAAAAAGGCGAACCGAAACGUAGCGACGCGGCAAUCGUGGACGAUCGUAACCACGUAAACACGCUCAUCGACGAGAUGUUCGCGUCGGUGCUGGACGUCGACAGAGGGCGCAACCGUAUCGUGAUAUCGAACAAAACGGUCGGCGACGACGACGUUUCGUGCGAAAACCUGUCCACCGUGAUCGUCAUCAGCGACGACGACAACAAGAGCGCCUCGAGCGACGAGCGUAGAGUGAAAUUCAACGAUCGCCUGAAUCACGAGCUGCUGAUUAGCGAGUUGCGACGCAUGAACGGCGUCGAAGACGCGACGCUAAAGAACGAAGAGAAUAUACACACCAACGAUUGGUACGGGGUGAGCGACGAGGGCAAAGAGGUGAAAAUGUCGAGCUGUCACAUCACGAUAGAGGACGCACGAAGCGCUCGCCAUAAAGAAGAGGGAUCGGGGUUGGAUUUCGACAGAAUAACAAAAAUGUCCCACCUCCACGGCCUGCCCCCCCUCCCGAAAUCGUUGUCGGGAUUCAAUUUUCUGGAUCAGCGCCACCAGAGUCCCCCGACCCCCGUGCGGACAAGCUCUAUGCGGUCGUCCAAUCAGGGCCCCCAAAUCACCCCUACCCAUAUAGGUGCCCAGCAAGGACACGGAAAAAAAAUGACCAACCUGGACGCGCAGCUCGCCAUUUUGAGGAGGGAGAUGUACAGUCUCAGGCAGCAGGACCUCUCGCUCCUCUCCCAGCUGUGGUCCUUGAACGAAUCGAUUCAAGACUUCCGACAGAUGCUGCAGGACCAAGAGGACCGGAUCUUUUCGCCUCCGUCUCCGUCACCCGCGCCCUCUUCAGCGGACGAAGAGGAAUUCUACAUGAGCGCCACCUCGGUGGGGUUCAAGUCGAUGUCGAGCGUUCCCGGGAGGAAAAUGAGCGGCAGCAGUGGUGCCAGCGGCAGCGUGGGUUAGAGCUGUGCCGCUAACGGAUUAUUGAGACUGUGAUUUAAUUGAAAUUUUUCCUUCGUCGUAUAUCUAAGGUGUGCUGAUGGAAGUGUUGAUCGUGAAUGUGGUCUUUUGCAGCAUUGUAAAAUUUUUAGCUAGUCAGUUUGCCUAGGCUGAAGCUGAGAUUUAUAAAACAUUUUCGUACUGCGAUAAUAAACGUAGUAGUAGUUACAUUUUGGGUGGUCGUAAAUAAUCGCAAUUUUCAUCUCGGGGUUUUAACAAUCACUGACACGCCCAAAGGCAUUAUAUCCAAGCGUACCAUACAAAAAUCGAUAGAUGUCAGCUCGGGUAGUUUUAACUCUAAAAAUAUUAAUUGCAAACGCCCGCGAUUCUCAAAUUCCUAACUAACCAAAACUAUUACACUAAUGGAACAAACAUGGAGUAUUGAUAAACGGAGGGAUUAAGACACGUAGACGCUACAUUAUCCCAACUAAAAAGAAAUAAAGGAUUGUGUGGAUGUAUAUGUAUAUGGUCGUUUUAUACGGGCUACCAUAAUAUUAUUCGCAAAUCUACUGGGUUCCUUCUGCUUGGUCUCUUUACCAAUCCAAACCAAACUUGCUGACGUUUCGCCAAUCAUCAUCAUCCAAACUGGCUCGCAUUUUACUCUGCACCUGUUUAUAUAUUGGUUGAGGGGCCGGAGGACAUUAGUCACAAUGUUCACACCCUCCUAUAACUCCGCCCACCUCAGACCUUAUAUCAGCAGGAACAGAACAAACUGCACAGGAUUCCAGAAGAUUUGUAAAUAAUAAAAGCAUACCAAAAAUAUAACCGAUGGAAUAAUAGAGACCGUGGAAUUCCAAGACCGCAUUAUUUUGCCAAGACGGAUGUUAAACGGCAUAAAAGAAGAUGGGGCCUAUAUACAGAGGAUUAUCCUUAGGCCUAAUUAGAUAGAAGACCGCAUUUUAAACGCACGUGAUUUCUGAUAUUUCUAAUUUCGUGUGGAUAUAAUGUCUUUGCAACUAACAACAACGAAAAGCCGAUUGACAAAACCA